CAGUAUUGCUUCCGACUGGCGUGUUUGUGUGACUUAUUCAACUUGUUGUCUGUAGUUCGGACACACCAGCAUGUGAGACCCAUGUUAACAGCUUUCAGUUGCGUUCCUGGUCAUUUGUUUACGUCCUUCUUCUGGCAGUUAUGGACGUGCAAACAGUAUCGUUGGGUGACGUGUGUACUAAGGACGAGGACUGCUCGUCUCUGACCAACUCGUACUGCGCCAAAAUGUACGAGUGCACGAGCGGGACGUGCGCGUGCAAAACCGGAUACGGAAGCGCAACGGGGCAAGACUGCAUCAAAAAAUUAAGUAGCUACUAUCAAUACUGCGACUCUGACUACUACUGCAACGGCGUCAACCAGACGUGCACUUCCGGGAAAUGUCAGUGCGCGGAGUGGAACGAAUGGAGCGACUUGGCGCGCAUGUGCAAAUGGCAGGAAGGUGAACUUCUCACGGAGUCCUGUGGACCGGUGUACUCCCGAUGCUUCUGGCAGAGCAGUUACGGAGGUCAGUGCAGCGGGGUUAGAGCCGGGUACUGCGGAUGUGCCACAGGGACCGUCCUUGACAUUUCAUACUCGUUUGUCGCCUGCAGAAAACCUCGACUAGGGGAGCACUGCGAGUCGUCGCCCCUCUGUGAGUCUCAUUUCGACACGAAAAGUAUCUCCGACGACGCAUCCAACUUCCGCCCCACGUGCCAGGACAAUGUCUGCGCAUGCCCAAAGUCGCACGAGCUCGUGUCCGUCAAAGGAUGGAAACUCUGUCUGAGCAAGUUUGACGAUGAGUUGGUUGCCAAUGGUGAACAGUGCAAGAACUGGAGUCAGUGUCAAAGUCGGUUCUGCGUUAAAUGCCCGGGAGCGAGUAGCGGGGUAUGCAUGAACAGUACCGAAGAGGUAGUUUUGGAGUCACGAAGUUCCUUACGAAUGUCAAGUAUUGAACAGAUCGCAGUCAUGACGCUGAUUCUCCUAUGCAACAUUUCAUGAUAGGUUAACUAAAUUGUACCUUAUUGCACAAACUAGUUUGUACGGUUAAUUGUAUUUCUCUCUAAAUUAUAUUUCACUGAACUCACUCUUAUAACCCAUGCUACGCAGCAUGCUGUUUUAUCCAUAAACUGUUGGUUUUCAUUUCGUCUUUAAUUAUGAAGUGGUUCAUUUAACAGUAUCGUCGACGAAAAAGCUGCAAUGUUAAGCAGGGUUUGAUAUAUUAUAUUUGGUG